AUGUUAACUGACGCGUCCUCUCUUUUUCCAAUUCUCAAUCUGAACAACAACAACAACAACAACAACGAAAGGUUUGGCCAAGACUUCACGGACACGUUGCACAAGAAACCAGAACCUUUGAAAGGGCCAGAAUACUCUCUGGACGACGAAGGGACCGGGUUGUUCGCGGACGACAUGCAGCAAGCGUUCGCGCACGGAUUAAAAUGCGGGUCGUGCUUUGCCGUCCUGAACGAGACGAAGGCGAUGUUGACCGAUAUCGUGGACGAGGCCGGAGGAGAGGCAGAGUUGACGAGAGAGGAGAUGCUGGAGAAAUUGUUGGAAAAAGUGGACGAGGAGGAUUUGUGCGAUCAGAUUGGAGAUUUGUACGGGGUGAAGUACGAGGACGGGUUGACGUUGGCGAAAGCGUGGGAGGCGCUCGUGACGGCGUCCACGCUGAAGGAGAAAGUGGCGAAAAUGGAUUUGGACGAGAAGGGUGUGGUUUUGGAGAAAGGGGACAUUGGGAAGCACGCGGUGUCGGUGUUGGCGGACGCGAAAGCAGACAUAGAUUUUGGUUUGCACGGGAGAGAUACGGUCGUGAAAUUGGAGCAAGGCGAGGCGGAGAGGUUCGAUCCGAAACGAUUGGCGUAUCACAUUUUCAAGCAACACGAAAUCGAGGACAAGGAUUUGUCGGAGACGGAUAAAGAGAGCAUACGAGAGAGAAUUUUAACGCACCCAUGGUCGAGUAAGAGGCAAAAGAUGGUUUUGGGAAUGCAAUGCGAAGCGAUGGUGAAGAGCGCAACCUUUAAGGAUUUGGUGAAAUUAUUUAUGAUUGACGAGGAACACCACUGGCAAAGUUGUGCCGGGACCGGCGCGUGUAAAUGGAAGGGUGGAAUUAAAAAAGGAGAUAAGAUGGUGAAUGAGCACGAAGAGUUGUAA